AUGCAAAACAAUGGCAGUUUCUCACCGUUUCAAUCUUACGUUUUUUUUUACUUUCGUGAUUUUCUUUUCAAUCUUUUCUUUUUCUUGUUCAUUUCUCUUUCUUUAUUCUUUCUAGCUUUCUUUAUUUUUUUCUUAUAUCCUCUUUCUUUUGAAUUCGUUCUUUCUCCGUCUUCUUUAACUUUUUUCAUUGUCACUAUUUCUUUCCAAUUUUUAUCUGACUCGUUUUUUGUUUUUUUUCUGCCAUUAUUUUUCUCGUUUAUUCACGAUCACUAUAUUCUUUUUCUCUCUCUCUCUUCUUCCACUUGUUCUUUAUUCUUCUGUCUACUUUCUUUUCGUUUUCUUUUCACUGUCACAAUUUCCUUCUUAACAUCUUUCUCUGGAUCUUUAUCUUUCUGUUACCUUUUUCUUUUUCACUAUUCUCUUUCUUUCCCUUUCUUAAUAUCUUAUUCUUUUCCUUUUCUUCUUUUGUUUCUUUUUUCUUUUCCACUAUUUUCUUUCUUUCUUUUUCUUAAUAUUUUUUCUUUUCCUUUCUUUCUUUUGUUUCUUUUUUCUUUUCAACUAUUUUCUCUCUUUUCCUUUCAUAUCUUUUCUUUUACUUUCCUUCUUUCAUUUCUUUUUCUUUUCCGCUAUUCACUUUCUUUCUCUUUUCUUAAUAUCUUUUUCUUUCCAUUUCAUUCUUUUGUUUCUUUUUCAUUAUUUCUUUUUAAUGUCUGA